AUGGCAGUGACUCCCAGUAUUCGUCAGGAGUAUCUCAGCAGCCACGGAAUUACGACGGACUAUUAUGACCCCAGGGCCACGUGCAGCUCUCACUUUGGACAAUCGGGCACGUGCAAACCCCUGGUCAGCUGCUCCAUCCACUACACAAGGAUCGUAGAUGCUUUGCAGACACCAUGUUACUUGCCUGAUGGCAUGGUGGGGGUCUGUUGUCAAGACCAGAAUUCUCCUUGUCAAAGGAUCAAGCACUGUUUGGUUUGCCAACACUAUCAGUCAUGGAGACUGACAUUGCAAGCACCUGUCCUUCUGUGCCAAACUGUAACACUGACACCAGGUACAGAACCAUUGAUGGAUCUUGCAAUAACCUUCAAAAUCCAAACUGGGGAAGAGCCAGAACUGCAAUGCAGCGUAUUUUGGAGCCUGAUUACGCUGAUGGAUUGUUUAUGCCCCGCAUGGGAAAAUCAGGAAGACAACUACCGAGCCCAAGAAAAGUGA